AGCUCUCGGCAGUCUACAGCCCCACACCGAACUGAGCACACGUCUCCCCGGCGCCGCGCACUCGCGAUCCACACCGAACUGAACCACGGAGCCGCCUGAAAAUUUUUCCAAGUGUCAUAGUUUUCUAAGUGAGACACUAGUGAUUUAUUUUUUUAAUUCCGAACUGUGAUAAGUCAGGCGAGCUGCGCGGGCGGGGCGCGUUCUGCUGACACACUGCCUCAGUCAGCCGACGGACGCCGAGUGGCACACACCAUCGAUUUUCUCCAUACAACUGUACGAGGGAUAAGACAAAAUGCAUAUUGAAGUCCAGGUGGCCCUUAACUUUGUUAUAUCAUACCUUUACAACAAACUGCCCAGGCGGCGGGUGAACAUCUUCGGUGAGGAACUCGAGAAGGCGCUAAAGGACAAAUUCAGGGGUCACUGGUACCCAGACCGGCCAUGCCGGGGGUCAGCGUUCAGAUGUUUGAAAACCGGGGGACCUCUGGACCCAGUGUUGGAAAGAGCAGCGAGAGAAUCAGGCGUUCCUGUUCGGGAUGUUUUGGAACACCUACCACGUGACCUUGCUGUCUGGGUCGAUCCAGGCGAAGUGUCUUACAGAAUCGGAGAAAAAGGUGCUGUGAAGGUUCUCUUCAGUAGUGAUGAGAGAGCAGCGGAAGAACGAACUGACAGAGAGGUGACCCGCGCAUUCAACCCCGAGGCGCAGUGCUUCCGGCCCGUGGAGCCGGUGGCGGCGCCGUCGCCCCCCGCGCCCGCCGCCUUCUCGCCCGCGCCGCCGUUCCGCGCGCAGCCGCUAACCUUCACCACGGCCACGUUCGCGCAGACCAAGUUCGGCAGCACCAAGCUGAAGACGAGCAGCAAGCGCGCCAACCGCAUGUCGCCCACCGAGUUCAGCAACUACAUCAAGCAGCGCGCCGUGCAGCAGCAGCUGGCGGCGCGCGCGCUGUCGCCGGCCGCGGACCCGGCGGCGUACUUCGUGUCGCGGCGCGAGGCGGCCCCGCCCGCCGCGCCCCCCUACCCGCCGGCGCCCGCGCACCUGCUGCUCGCCAACUGAGAGAACUAGCCGCCUCGCGCGACCCGCUCAUAGAGUCUACUUUUUUACGAGAGAGACGCGCGCCGCGAUUUAUUUUUUUAUUUUCCGCGGGGGCGUCCCGCGCCGCCCGCCGCUUGUGAUAUCCGUACGAUUUUUCAUAACUUUUUGUAUUCUCGUUCGUUACGUCGAUGUGUAAAUUUAUCGAUAGAAGCAAUAAUCUGCCGCGCGACUCGCCGGCGAUUUAUUUUCUUACUAUUUAAAGCCGAGUCGACUUUUAGAUGUCUUCGUUCGAUAUCGAUAUAAUAUAAUAUUAUGCGUAGGGUAAGAACGAGAGGCCGAGUGGCCGUGCGCUUACGACGACGUACCUUCAUGAGCGAGCCUGUAUUCAUUCGUCCUCCGAUCUAAGAGAAUACUAAUAUUUAAAUAUGUAUACUUUAUAUAUUCGUACGCGAAACGUCUAAUUUUUCACGUUUAAAGGCCAAUAGAGAAAUUACAUAUUUUUAAUAUUGAGAAAUAAAUUCAUACUUUCUAAGAUAUAGCGUACUGUUGUGUAUUCGACUUUUGUAUGUAAUGAUGUUUGCAUAUCCGUUCGGACGCGGUCGGACGGCGCGGCGGGCCGCCCGAAGGCGUCGGAGAUCUCACCUAGUAUAAUCCUCACGUGUACGAUUGUACCCUUAUAAUAAUUAUAAUAUACAUAAAUAUAUUAUAGGAUUAGCUACGUUUCAAUCUAACAGUAUUUUUUUAAGAAGAUAUUAGUCCUCGUGUACAUUGCCGGACGACCGCAUCUAGGUGGCCGGCCUUAGUCUGUAUCGUAUACUUAUAUAAUGUUAUUAAUAAAAAGACGUGAAUGUGAAUAAAUGAAUAAAAAAUAUUUCUCAAUUCAUAAAGUAACUGGUGCAUGCAAAUUCAUAAAGUAAAUACUAUGUGUUAUUUAUCUUUUUUAUAAUUCACUUGGCAACGGCGAGUGUUUCAAUCGAGGCUCAUAGUUGUAGAUGGCUGUGCUUAGGUAUGCAGUAGGCAGCUUGUCGUUGGUUGCGACGGUUGCAUGUCGCCGUCGCAUGACGUCACACGCUACGGGUUCGUCCACAUGACCAGCAUCGUGUUAUUGCGAGCGGCCCGCGGGCAGGACGGUGCGGUUUACUCAUCCAUUCACAUAACUCCAUGCGAACUGCAUCGUCUCUCGCUCGUCGCUCGAAAAUCGAAGAUGCACACUAAAAUAAAGCUCAAAAUCAUGUCUUCUCGCAAACGUUAGCUAGAGCGAGAUCACGAUUUCGAGUUUUCUUUUUCAUAGUUUAACGCAUUUUCCUUUAUAUAGUACGCUGAGUGACGUUAAUAUAAUUUGUGUUCUUAAAGCUAUGCUAUAAAAUUGCGUGGUCGUGUAGAUAACCGUUUUCAAAGCACAACAAUGACAAGUUGGACAUACGGAAAUGUGCACUAUUUUUUUACGAUUUUUAUAUUUUGAUUUAGAUUAAGUCUAGUUGUAUAAUUUUAAUACCUUAAAGUAAUUUAUUGAUACCCUAUUCUUAUUACGUAACGUAAAAGCUCGAUUGAAAAACUGGCCAAGAAGCUACAGUAUUUUUUGUAGAUAAAAUCUUAUAAUGUAAGUUUAAUAUUACAACUUAGCGUAAUGAGAUUUUUUAUUAAUAAAGAUACUUUUUAUUUUCCUUUCUUUUGUAAGAUAUAUUCGAUGAGGUGUUAAAUAUAGAAUAAUAUUUGCAUAAUAUAGAUAGCGGUUCUCCAUAACCGCGGAUAUAAUUAGUCAAUAAUAAUUUUUCAUAUUGUUGUACGACUUUUUAAGUUUAUAUUAAAAUGUUUUGUGCAAUCUA